AUGGAGGUUUUUAAGUGCAAAUAUCUGUAACAUGAAAAUGAAGAAAUAAUGGGAUUUUGCUUAAAUUAGAUUUGUUAGAAAGCAAAUUAAUUUUGUUAUUUAUGCUUGACCUAGAAUCAUUAUGAUCAUUAAAAAGAUUGUAUCAGAUUUAAUACAAUGAGCCAAUAUAUUAAUUAAUAGCUCAAAGUUAGUAAAGAAUAAGAGGCAUAAAUGAAAGAAAUGAUAGAUCAAAUGAGGACUUAUUUGGAAGAGAUCUACAAACAAAGGAAACAAUAAUCUAGAGUAUUAGAAAUUAUGAAUCAGAGACUUUAAAAACAAGGAGUACAAUACAUUUAAGUAUCAAAUACCAGUAUUCAAAUAGUUUUACUCAAAGGAAAUUGGAAAUAAAACAUGUAUUUAUUUGAAAAAUUUUAAUAGAAUAAUUGGUAAUAGAAUUACAGUAAAUUCUCAACACAAUCAAAAAUGUGGGUCAAGUUUAAACCAAGAUCAAUAAUCAACUGAUAAUUGCCAAAGACAAUUAUGAUGUGUAAAUGGAGUUGAAAAAGGUAGAAGCAAGUAAAUUAUUUGAUUAAGGUAAAAUUAUGUAAAGAAUGAAAUAGGCACAGAAUUAGUCAAAAGUCACAAAUUUAGGGAAGCUUUGAAAAUAUUUGAUGACUCAAUCAAAUUAUUUGAUUUAGAUUACCUUGUUUACACAUGGAAAGGUAAUAUUAAGUCUUUAUAAUUAAGCUAAGACAUUAAAUUAACUAAAACAGUAUGAAUAGGCUAUUUAAUGCUGCAACAAGUCUAUCACUUUAAAUCCAAAUUACGUUAGUGCGUGGAAUAAUAAGGGUAAUGAAUUUAAAAAUCUCUAAGGUUUCGCACUAGACAAUUUAAACAAAUAUGAAGAUGCUAUUAAGUGUUACAACAAAGCUCUUACUUUAAAUCCUAAGAACGAUACUUCAUGGACUAAUAAGGGUAAUGAUUUGUAAAUUAUUUUAUUUAGGUCACACGUUAAACAAUUUAGCACAGUAUAAUGAGGCUAUAUAAUGUUUCGAUUAGGCUAUUACUAUAUAUCCUAACAGUUUUUAUGCAUUUAAAAAUAAAGGUAAUAAACAUUUUAAUGCAGGUUUGGCACUACACAAUUUACAGUAGUAUUAGAAUGCAAUAAUGUGUUAUUAAAAGGCAAUAUAUAUUUUUAAUGAUCCCUUGAUAUUGGAACUCAUGAGUAUUAAUAUAUAAUUAUCUUAAGCUGAUUCACUAUUUCAACUUGGUUUAAAAGAUCAAGCUAAAUUGUCCUAUUUGGAUGCUUAGCAACUUCGAUCAAUAAAAAAAGAAUAUCAUUAAAAGUAAUUAUUAAAGAUUUGA